UUGUGUAGACACCGACAUGACGGACGCGACGAAAAAGAUAUUAGAACAGCAGCAGUUUUCUAGCUCAUUGUUUAUUUCUCAAAAUACAUGAAAAUACCUGAUUUAUACGUUUGUUAUUUCGGUUCAAAAUGCCAGCAGACUUGGAGAAAUGUCCUAGGAGUUUGUUAGUGUGUGAAAAAUCCAACUUCUUGAAUGAAGCGUCACGUCAUGAAGCGCACGUUUCUAAACACAGCUUCAACUAUAAGGUUUCUUUACUGAUACCUGAAUGUGGAGUACUGCCUGCUGACAUUGCAAAAGUCAUCAGUAAAUUCAGUUCAUAUUACCUUGUGCGGGAUCUACCAGUGUAUAGAUUCCUGGAAGAGGACAUGCUCAAAAUAAUUAAGAAAGGCACCUUUUAUUCGCUCUCCUACAAAACCCGUCUUGAUGAAGACAAUGUUAUUGCUUUAUUGAGCAAAAAGUUAAUAUUGUCUCUUGAUAAGGACACGUAUGAGCAGCUUGGCUUGGAGGGAAAACCAUCUCUAUACAAUCACAGAAAGCCCAUGAGAUUUGUUGUAACUGUGGACCUCACUGAUGUAUCUUUGGUUCCUGGGACAAAGCGAUACCAGCAAGUUCUGAUGAGUCUGAAAGAACGAGUGCCGCUGAGAAGCGACUUUCUUUUAACGGAUUGCCAUUCAGACCAAGAUGGACAUCUGAAGGCUCUCCUGUCUCAGUACACAUACGAGAACUGUAGGCCUACUCUUAGGACCCACAGUCUGAGAGAUGUGUUGUGCCCAUCACUUCAAUCCUCAGAUCUUCAGGGAAAGAGUCUGUCAUGUAGCCCAGAGCUGUUCCUAGAGUGGCUGGGGGCAGCCAACCUGAAUAUCAGUUGUGAAAACUCGGCUACAAGUUUCCUGUCCACUUAUACGUGUCCGGAGCCACACAGUUCUGUGAGCCAGGCGCUGAUUUGCACAGUAACAGGACUCAUCCCUCCUGAAGACAUCUCUGUGCUACUACAAGAACUAAGAAGGUAUUUUGAUGCACCAAAGUUUACAGUUUGGGUCUCCCUCACUGUGCAUGGCUUUGUGGAUAGUCCUGUGUCCUGGGGAACAACAGAACAUGGCUUCCUCAAGGGGGGAGAUAACUUCUACAAUUUUGUUUGCUUCAAGAACCAGGAUUACUGGUUGCACAUGGCUACUGGUGCACACGAUGGCUGUCCCCCUUGAAGAACUAUAACCUGGAUUGGAGAAAGACAUUAUUUUUUCUAUGCUACUUCAUUUUUCUGUCAUACGGAAAUGAUGUUCUGACCUUUUGAUAUCCAUGUGAAUUAGAUUUAUGUUAAAUGUAAAGAGAAAAUAUUUUAUUUUAUUAGUAUUUGAGCAAUUAUAAACAGCAUAAUAAUAGUAAAAAUCUUUCUAUAAAGCAAACACAUUAUUGAUAACAUGUUAAGUUUGAAAAGAAUUAAAUUCAGGUCAGCAUUGUAAGCAACAAGGUUUAUUUGUCUCAUGAUUUUAAAAAAUAUUAUAUUUUGGAAAUCAGUGUGGUUUUAUGGAGCCUUCACAUUGCCACUAAUAAAGUAUUUA